AUGGCUGACCCUGCCCAAAGUGCCGCGACCCCAGUGCCUGAGGAGGACGACUUUGAACUGUUUGGUCCGAGUCCUGGAGAGGCGAGUCAGCCGUCGAACCCAGGACCUCAGCCUGUCCCGACUGUUGGACCGCAGCAGGCACCGCAGCCAGUGCCACAGCAAGCACCGGUUCCACCUGCAGUGACGACGACAGUUGGUUUGGACCCACAGCUGCAGCAGUUGAUGCUGAAUAUGAUGCAGAUGCAACAGCAGACGCUCCAGGUCAUGAUGGCUAGGAUGGACGCAGAUGAGAGAAGAAGGCGAGAAGCUGAGGCUGCCUCUGCAGCUGUAGCUGACCCCUUUGGUUCGACGGCUGCGGCUGGAAGUCCGUCAGCUAAAGCUACUGCUCCUCCACCUCCAGCGCCUGCUGGUCCGUCUGUGCACGUAGGAAGCAACAGAGCUGAGAAGUACCUCCCUGCUUUGCCCACCAUCGACGCUCCAUCGAUGGGAAAAGGGCGUGUGAAAGAGCUGGAAGAGUACCACCGUUGGUGUGAAGUCUUGGCGUCAUGGUUGGCGCUCAUAGACGACAACUACGUCAACGAGUUGCGCCAAGCAAUGGUGCACAACAGGGAGAUCAAGCAGUCAGAGAUGUCUGCUCCUGUGGCUUCGAGGUCUGCUCGGUUGUUUUACUACCUUCAACAGAGUUUGCAGAAGUUUGAGAGAGGCAUGGAGCUUGUGAGAAGCACGUCCAUGCGGCAAGCUCAAGCUGCUUGUGGGUACGAAGUCAUGCGGCAAAUGCAUGCUGGUCACUACAGUUGGCAGUGUCCUGAACCACCGAAGGGUGGCAAAGGAAAAGGCAAAGACAAAGACAAAGGCAAGGGUGGAAAGCCCUCUGGUGGUGGCGGUCGAGGAGGCGAGCCCAAAGGAAAGGGCAAAGGCGACAAGAAGGGCGAGAAGGGCAAGGACAAAGGAAAGUGGGGAAAGCCAAAGGCGAAGCCGAAAGCGAAGUCCAAGGGACGCGCUGUUGAAGACGAGCCGUCGGAGCAAGUGAUGGCCUUGAGAUUUCAUCGUCUCAGGGGCAUGCGCCCAGGGAAAGCAGUGAAGAAUGAGCCCAAUGAUGCUGAGCCCCCACGUCUCACCAUGACGGAUAAGGAAGUAGAGAAGCUGAACCAGUCCUCUUCGAGGAACAGUCACUUUGCGUGGCUUGUUGAUAGUGGAGCCACGUGCCACGUGUUGUCUGUUGCUUCUUUGUCGUUUUGCGAAGUCGUGAAGGAGCAUUCGGGACCGCUGCCUGUCUUGAUGAGUGCUAGCGACACCGAGAUGGAAUGCCUCGGGUUGGUCGAUAUCCGUGUGAAGUUUGGGAGGCUAGGGCCUGUAGUGCUUCAGAAGGUCCUGGUUUGUCAGAUUGGUUUCAAUGUGAUCAGUUCUUGGCAGGAGAUCGGCCCCGCGAGAGCUAAGGCGAAAGCGAAGUCCAAAGCAGGAGUGCCCAAAGGUACCCCACCGAAGUUUGGGAAAGAAGACGACGACACGGGAGAUGCAAUGGAAGUGGACCGCGCCAAGGAGAAGGCGCAUCCGAACAAGCAUCCGCAGAGAGCUUUGGAAGUGACUCCUUUCAAGUUCUUGUUGCGAGCCUUUUGCAGUGAGUUUUCGUGCGAGUGUGUUUCUGCAGCAGAAGUAGCAGCUGAGACUGAGGUAGAGAAGGAGCCGGCCCAGAUGAUGGUUAUGUCCGAGAGAUGGCAAGAUCUCAGAGCGAUGCAGACAGCGGCAUCCAGCAGGCGACAGCAGUUGGUGCAGAAGCUGCAGCUGAGUCGCAGCGUGGAGCAGAGGCGAGAGGCCGAAGAACUAGUGGCAAUGAACAGAUGCGAUUCGAAGGAAUUGCUCCACCGGGGAUUUCACUCCCUAACUUCUCCGGCCUUGCCUUCUGGAGAACCUCCCGCUCCCACUCAGGAGGGCAACGAGGCCGACGAUUGGGGAAAAUGGAAGGCGGUGCCAGGCCCUCCUGCGAGCCCGCCUCCACCGGGGACGCCUGAGCGCCGUGCACGAGAAAAGGACCAGGUCGCCGAGGACAAGAAGGACCACAACGAGGGCGAGAGAGACAAGGCCGCCGAAGGAGUGGCUUUGCUGAGGGAGCAAGAGCUCAAGAUGGUUGCCGCCAGCAAGAACUUGGCGGAGAAGGAGCGAGCGUCGGCAGCGGCGAAGGCAGCCGCCAAUGUGGCUGUCGAGAAGUGGACGCCCCAACAGAGGGCACGCAAGGAGGCAGAGCUCCAAGCAGCCCUGCUUGCUCAGGAGCAAGCCGCUGCUACAGUUCGUUUGCUUACUUUGGAGUUACAACUUGGGGAUGCCCUUGGUGCCCCCGAGAGUUCAGCGGCCCCCGAGGGAGCCGUAGAGUCUGGGACUCCUCCGGAGUUACCAGCCAGCAGGCGGAUCAGCCUGUCGUCUUCGAGUGUGGAAGCUAUCACUCCUCCAGGAACGCCUCCGACAACGCCGGUGUCGCCCGGAUCUGCGGUUCCAAAGACACCCCAACGAUCACCUUUGGUGAAAGCGAUGCCCAAGGUUCCGGAGAGCCCUGCUUCUCAAGCUGCUGUGAGCCUUGUUGCUCCAGCUGCUGCGGGGCCUGUUGCUCAAGCUGCUGCGAGGCCUGCGGUUCGAGUUGCUUUGAGGCCGCCGGUCCGAGCUGUUCAAGUGAAGGCGAUGCCCAAGGUGGGGCAGGUGCCGGAUGUUGGGCACAUGGGACCUCCAGCGCCGCCGAUGGUUGGGCCAAUGGGCCCUGUACCACAAGCACCGCAGGUUGUUGGGAAGAUGCACAUGUUCCCGCCGGCGCCGCCCUUCUUGGGGUACAUGGGACCAGUGCCUCCAGCACCACCGCCAGGAUACCGAGGCAUUUUCAAUCCGUGGUCCACCGGGCCGUUGCGCCAGGUGUUUGGAGCUUGUGUCGGUUGUGCCUCAAACUCCACCGCCCCGCCCUACAGUGAGACCUUCAGCCAGGCCGUCAAAAGCACCACGGCCAACAGCAAGGGCAACUCUAGCCCCUACGCCAAAGAAGAGAGAUCGAUCACCUUCGAUCUGAGGCGGUGUGUUUCUUCUGAGGUUUUGGCCUCAACCUUAGGUUCGAGGCCCGUCAUCCUCAAAGUGAGCUCUUCGGUGUCUUCCCCGAAAAAGGUGCAAGAGUGCGGUGCCAAAGUGGUAGGCAGUCUAGAAGUCCAACGGCCGAUGAUGAGAAGGUUGUUGUGCUUGGUCCGCAAAGUGCUUAAGAAAGUUGCUGCCUUGCGUGGGCAGCACAAUGAAGAAGCACCGCGGAUUCCUGAGGCCCCACAUGUUGUGCGUGAGCAUGUUGUGUCCGAGCGUGUUGUGCAUAGGGCGCGUAUGCUUGCAGGUUUGCCGGUUGAGAUCACUGUUGAGUCUGAAGAAGAGUUGUUGCCAGACCCCGAACCGAAGCCUCAACCUCCCGGCCCUCCUGACCCCGAACCUCGUCCCGAGCCGUCUGGUUCAGGUUUGUCUCCUCCUGAAGACCUUGAGGUUCCAGUAUACAUUACUUCAGAGCGUUUGCGAGCGCACCGGAACAAAGGGCAUCAGCCCUAUCUGAGUUUCUGUGAUGUGUGCCAGUCGGCACGUGGUCGUGUGCCAGCACGACGCAAGAACAUGAAGAGCCACUAUGCGCCGGGAGAGCUUCAAGUAGAUUUUGGCUUCUUCGGUCGAAAUGUUCGGUUUCUGUUGAUCGUUCACGUCCUGUCGGGAUACUUGAGUACUGUUGUUUUGGGUCCUGAGGACCCGGUGCCUGUACCAGCCGUUUGCAAGGCUCUUUCUGAGAUGGGCCUCAACGGGCUGGACAUUGUGGUCCACGGUGACCAAGAAAACCUCCUGGAGAGUGUGUUCCGGGAUUCUGCGAAGCAUAGGACGUUUGUAGGACGGUCCAUGCAUUGGGUUCCGUUUGCAGUGAACAGGCCCCAGGCAAAAGGCAUUAAGCGUUGGUCUGUUUGGCUAGGACUGGAAGAGCGUGUAGGAGGGCAGCUGCCGUUAGGGAGCUACUUGUUUAUUGAAGCCAUGCGGUAUGCUGUUAGGAUGCAUAACUUGUUUCAUGUGUCCAAGGAGCAAAGCACGCCUCUGGAACGCCUCAGGGGCUCUACAGUCCAAGCUGUGAAGAGUUGUGAGUUUGGGGUGGUAGGCUUUGGAAAGCCACAAAAGGACUAUCCGGAGCAUCGAGGAAAGCGCCUAGUGAGGGCGAUUUACGUUGGGCCCCAUGGCGCCAACGGCUCUGGGAUACGUGUCUUUGUUCCCUUAGGAGAUGGGAAGCCGCCUCGUUUGGAGAUUUUCAGCUCGUUUCGUGCCCGGGACCCGGUAGAGUUUGACAAAGCAGUGCUAGACCAACUGAAAGGAAACCGGGAGGACCCCGAGCGACCCAUCAAGUUUGAUGUGCCUCUGGAUGCACCUCAGCCUCCUCCUGACCCUCCGGCGUUGCCUGAUGGUAGUCUAGAGUUCCCUGUGGGACAAGCAGAAGAGCCUGGAGCUCCUGAUGCGAUGGAGGAUGAGGAUCUAGCAGAUUAUUCCCCCUCUCUUCCUGCUGAUGGUGAAGGGAUGGAUGUCGAACCUCCUCCUGGUGAAACUGCGGACCCUACUGUGCACCACCGUCUCGAGAAGGACGGUUCUCUGACCUUGGUGCUGGUGUAUGUUGAUGACUUGAUCAUCUUCUCCCAGAACUCAAAGAUUGCAAAGGAGCUGUAUGCUCAGUUGGCCAAGAUUUACAAAAUGAAGCAGACUGGGAUCUUGGAGCCUGGAAAGAAAGGGCAACUUGAGUUUCUAGGAAGAAUUAUCGUCCGUGUGACGGACGCUGGACCUGUGUUGUUCGGCUUGAAACCGGGCUACUUGAAGUCGCUUGGUGAAGAGUUUGGGAUCAGCGGAAAAGGUGUGAAGCCUGUUUUGGGAAACCUUGAGAGGGAGUACCGGAAGAAGGAACCUGGAGGUUCAAUAAGCACUGAGUCGUACGAAAGGUAUCGACGUGUGCUUGGGAAGCUUAUGUGGGCCAGUCUCACGCUUCCUCACCUAGCUUAUCCUGUUGGGUUUCUAGGUCGUUUUCAGAGUGAUCCUGACAGCCAAGCCGAAGCCUGUUUAAGAAGAGUUGUGCGUUGGGUGAUGGCGUUGCCUGAGUACCUUCAGCGCUUCUCUGCGUUUGGCUGGGUCGACCAGAGUUUUGAGUCGGAGACCUUGCUUUCGGGGUAUGUGGAUGCCUCGUGGAACGUGUGUUCAGUGUCUGGUGCCAUUGUCCUUUGGCAUGGCAUGAUGAUCAAUGAAGCGGCAUUGUCUAUUUCGAAGAUGAAAGGCCUGCUGCGUCGAGUGCGGCAUUUGGAGUUGAGGCAUCGGUACUUGCAAGAGCUUGUUCAAAGUGAGAGACUGCGUCUCACAUUCAUCCAAGGAUGCCUGAAUCCGAGCGACGGACUCACAAAGAGUCCUGAAGAAGCUAUGCUCCAGCAUCUGCUGGAGGCUUGUGGACUUGAGCGGAUCUGUGAGGAAGACUUGCAGACACUGUGUGUACCUGAACAACUUCGAGAGAGAGUGGAGGAACUUGAGAACCUCCACGAGAAGCUUGAAGAGCUUCCGGAGAACUUACUGAAGUAUCGUCCAGUAGCCGUUGAUUUGGCUAUGGGGGUUGUUCCUUUGCUGGUGGUUGAGCUGUUCUGUGCCCGUGAUAGUGCGUUGUGUGCAGCGUGCAAGCGUGAGAGCGUUGCUUACAUUGGCAUCACUCAGGAAGAAGACUUCUUGAGUAAGAACACACAGUUGUUUUUAGGAGAAGUUCUGCUCUGUCUGUUGAAACGAAAUCCGCCCAAGAUCUAUAUCCAUGUAGCGUCGCCGUGUACUGCAGGUUGUAGUUUUCGGUUUAAGAACUGGCACAAACCGAAGUUUCGCCAUCGCUGGCGUGAGCAGAUGAAGAAGCAUGUUGCUUCGUGGAAAACGCUAGGAAAGCUGUUGCAGAACCACUGCCAGGACGUCCUGCUGACUCAGGAGUGGCCAAAGACCUGUGGACUUUGGAAGGAAGAAACGUACCAAAGAGUGAAGAAGUCCCUUGGCCUAUCCUUUGGACGAGAAGUAGACCGAUGUGCUUUUGAUUUGGUCUAUAAGAGAUGGUGGUUUGCCUGCAACUGUUCGGAGUGGUGUGAAAUCUUCUCCGGGAAAUCUUGUGACAAGAAUCAUGUGCAUGUUGCUCCUGAAAGUCUUGAGGCAACCGGUUACUACCCCACCAAGCUAGGUAGGGCUCUUUUGCGUGCUGCUAAGCGAGUCUUGAAAGUAGCCGUAGGAGGGACUGCCGUGCGGACGUGUGCCGAGGAUGACGAACAGAGCACUUAG